AUGACAAGCAGCACAACAAUCAAUUCAGAUCCUUCGUUACCAUAUACUUGGACACAGACAUUGGCUGAUGUGACAGUCACUAUCAAUUGUACAUCACCUGUCAAGGGUAAAGACUUGGAGAUACGUAUAGAGAAGGAUCACCUAUUCGUCAAGAACAAGACACUGAACGUUGUAUAUAUAGAUGGUGACUUUAAGGAUGGCAAGUCAAUCAUAUUAGAGUUGUUCAAGCUGAAAGGACAGGAAUGGUGGGACUCAGUCAUAAAGGGACAUCCAACUAUUGACGUUACAAAGAUUGUACCUGAGAACUCUAGCAUCUCCGAUCUUGAUGGAGAGACAAGGGGCAUGGUAGAGAAGAUGAUGUAUGAUCAACGACAGAAGGCCGCUGGUCUGCCAACAUCUGAGGAGCAACAAAGACAAGCUAUCUUUGAGCAGUUCAAAGAGCAGGUAAGUACAUGUCUCAUCAAGUAG